UCUUACUUACUAUAUAUAGUGAAGUUUCAAUAACUUCAGCUCAUCACAACUAACUUUUACAUAUCAAACUAGCAACCCCCUCACUUUCCUCUCUUUACAAACCAUGGCAGCUGCUACAAUGGCUCUUUCUUCCCCUUCUUUUGCUGGACAGGCAGUCAAACUCUCACCCUCUGCCUCAGAAAUCUCUGGAAAUGGAAGGAUCACUAUGAGAAAGGCUGUCGCCAAGUCUGCCCCAUCUAGCAGCCCAUGGUAUGGCCCAGACCGUGUUAAGUACUUAGGCCCAUUCUCUGGUGAGUCCCCAAGCUACUUGACCGGUGAAUUCCCUGGUGACUACGGCUGGGAUACUGCUGGACUUUCAGCAGACCCUGAAACCUUUGCCAAGAACCGUGAACUCGAGGUGAUCCACUGUAGAUGGGCUAUGCUUGGUGCUCUUGGAUGUGUCUUUCCUGAGCUCUUGGCCCGUAACGGUGUCAAGUUUGGCGAAGCUGUGUGGUUCAAGGCUGGAUCCCAAAUCUUCAGCGAGGGUGGACUUGACUACUUGGGGAACCCAAGCUUGGUCCAUGCACAAAGUAUUUUGGCCAUCUGGGCUUGCCAAGUUGUGCUGAUGGGAGCUGUUGAGGGUUACCGUAUUGCUGGUGGGCCUCUUGGUGAGGUUGUCGACCCACUAUACCCCGGUGGCAGCUUUGACCCAUUAGGUCUUGCUGAUGAUCCAGAGGCAUUUGCUGAGCUCAAGGUAAAGGAGAUUAAGAACGGUAGACUUGCUAUGUUCUCUAUGUUCGGAUUCUUUGUUCAAGCCAUUGUUACUGGAAAGGGUCCAUUGGAAAACCUUGCAGAUCACCUUGCAGACCCAGUUAACAACAACGCCUGGUCCUACGCCACAAACUUUGUCCCCGGAAAAUAAAAAUCUUAAAACAUUCUCAAGUUUCUGAUCAUUUGAUGACCAUGUAAAGUUGUAAUUUGUGAGUUUACUUGAUAA